CUCAGCGUCUAUAGCGUGAACAAUCGCGCAGUGGGCUUUUUUCGACUUUUGGGCUAGCAAGAUCACACACAACACGCACAUCACGAACCGGACCAAACCUCCGCCGCCGCCCGCCGCCGCCGCCGCCGCCUACACAACCCCCCCUCGCCCCCCGCCGCGCCCUCCUCUCCGUACGUGGAGCGCAUGCAAAUCCCCUCGCGCUCGAUUCUUCGCCUCCUCCGACGCCCCAUCGUCGCGCCUUAUUCUGCCCUGCGGCACCGCAUCUCGAUCCCCUCCCGCGAUCUCUCCUCUCCUCCAUGGCUACCUCUGGUCCGGCUCGCGGGUGGCUACCGGCGCUUGCGCGAAGAAUCGCUUCAGUCACGGGGACGCUUAACCCUCCUGCCAGUCGUGUUUCUCGAUUUCCUGGAUCUCGGAACAUGGCCAGCGGCAGUGGAGUGGAAGGCGAGGGAUUGGGUAUACCAUACAGGCGCCGCUUCAUCCCAUUUGCCAACGAUCCUAUCCACACAACCAAAGAUAAUAUCAUUUCUAUGGACAAGCACCUUCCCAUCACCCAAGGCAAGGACAGUGCUGCAACUAAGGAGUUCAUCUCUUGUUAUGGCCAUUGCCGUCCUACCACGUAUGGCGAUGAAGAUGCUUCUAGGACAGCUGUGGAGGUCACCGGUGGUAAACAAGAUCCAAGGGGGGCAGUUCAGAACCUAAUAGAUGGUGAAGUGGCAGUUCAGGAGCUAAUAGAUGGUGAAGAAAUUGCAAGGAACCAAAGGGCCAGUGAGGUUAGUGACAACGAUGGAUAUGAAGAGUUCAAUGAUCGUGCUGUUAACUACCACUGUGACUGUCAUGUUUGGACGCCACUUAUUGCAAGCAGCCACCGUGACGGUUCUAUAUACGAUACCAGGGGCACCUUUGGAUCUGGGUGGAAAUGGGAUUAUCGUAUUGCAGAUCGUAACGAGACUCGGUUGGAGGCAAUGAUGUUAUCACAUCCCACGAAAGAUUGCUACAUGAGGGAUGGAACUUGCAUAUGGCAUCCUGCAAAUGGCAUGUUGCAAAUUUUCUCAGUAAAGUUGGCUAAAACUCCUGUAGUUGAUGGCUCAAUUGAAUUGUAUGGAUACAUUGCUGUGCGGGACCUUCAGGAUCCAUUACUUAAUUAUAUAGUCAAAAUUGGCAGGGAUGAUCCCAUCAUUGUGGAGCAGGGUUCCCUCAUCGAAAUGACUGGCCCUAAGCGAGGGAUCGACUUUUCUUGUGCUGUUCUAGUUGAAUAUGACAUGAGAAUCAAGACAGGAGAACGAGAGGAAGAUGAUCUACAACUGAUUGAUGGUGCAACAGAUCUUGACCAUAUAUUGACAUCACAUGUACCAGUGAGAAAUCGCAUUUAUGGAGAUUGCGGCGCAGUUGACAUAACUCAAGCGAAUCUUUUGUAUGCAUUUGAGGCGACUGUAGAAGUCGUCAUAUCAGAAGUGCAGACUAGUUUUGAUUUGUGUCUCAGCUGUUUUACCAGUGGGUUACAUGAGGAAAUUCGGCUCUUUGAUGGUGCGAUCAGUGAGUCACGUGACUUGAGGAGGUAUGUGAUUGCUGUCAUGGAACAUGAGUGUAUGGAUUUGAAGUUCAAGGUAGGUUUAGGGUCUGGGUGUUUCGCUGAACAUUGUCGAUCCUUCAAAGCAACUAAUCAUGGAUGUGCCAGUGAACAAAUAAAGAUUGAGUUCGCCUCAAUCUCGGUGAAGGUCACUUGGUCGGCUAUGGAGUUCUAGAAGGGUACUUAGCGUUUGGACAUUUUUUUUUUAUUUGUUACUCCCUCAGUUCUAUAUUGUAAGACUUUCUAGCAUGUUCAUAUUCAUCUAGAUAGAUAGAUAGUGUGAAGCUAGUGUUGCUAGUGUUGAGUGUAGGCAUGUGUGUGUUUCAGCCCAACAGGGCCCAUUACACCAAUGCAUAUGUAUAGUAGAAGAGAGAGGAAAUAGUGUGAAGCUUCUGGAGAAAAACAAUCACCUAGCAACAUGGUAUCAGAGGGCGACCGCGUCGAGGCUAAACCCUAGCUAGCGGCGCGCCGGUUUGUGGUGCUGCAGCUUGGAGCAACGGAGUGGUGGCGUUGACAGCGGAGACGGCGACAGCUGCUACAGAGGAUCUCGACGCAGCCGGCGUGAAGGAGGGAGCAGGGUGUGCGCUCGCUGGUUGAGCCGCGCAAGGGGAGGACGCACGGCGGGUGAGAGGCGCACUGUACGAGCUGCGUCUAGACUUGGCUGUGGUAGUGUUCCCGACCAUUAUGGGUCUAGACUUGGCUAUGGAUACAAAAGCACAAGCUACCGUCAUCUCGGAAAUGCAUGCCAACUGUUUAGAGUUGAGCCAUGGAGCCAUGGUGUCCAUACUAGCAAUCCUGAUGUCUUGUCAAUACCAAUAUCUAAAAUGGCCAGUGUCAAGGCUGCUAACAACAUCACCAUCGAACCAGUGGUUCAGUAUGUUGAUAAAGAGCUGGACAAGGCAUCCAAUAGGGAUAAAGGGGCCAAAGGCAACAGAGGUAUGGUGGUGGCUGAUCAUUUCCAACUGUGGCCAUCUCCUUAUCAGCUUAAUUGUGAAUGUUCUCACACUGAGCAGCAACCAUGGCCACCGCCUACUCAAGCAGGAGACAUUGGUUGUCAAGUUGCGCUGCGACGAGUGCUAGGGUCAUCAUCCAAAUGCAGCCAAGGUGACUUAAUGCCGGUGACACCACCAAGGCCACUGACAAUAGGAAAAUUGCAUAACUCGAGGAGCCGUUCUGCUGGAAACACAACUGAAGCCGUACAAUCAAUUAUUGAGUCUCAUGCAAUAUCUUUACACUGUAGAAUUUCCAAGUCAAUGUGCAUUGCACUUAAUUUUGUUGAGAGCUGGCUACAAAACACAGCCAAGAAAUUAUGCAAUGGCCAGUUGCUUAACCUUUCAGUUGGGAUACAUUUUGACGACAGAAAGAUUUCUACUACAUUGUUUUUUGCUGAGUUGCUUGAGCACCCAAUAAUAUAUUUUCAGGUUUACUUAA